GACUUCCCUCCACGCACGUCAUGUCAUCCAAGUUUUAUCUUCUCUCACCGGCCUUUCUCUUCUUUCUAGUUUGUUCUUCUUUCUUUUUACUAUUUUUCUUCACAGAAACACCCAUAAUCUUCAGAGGCCAAUGGAUGGAUAUUCUUAUCUUCCCAUCAUUAACAAGCUUAUUUCAAGAGAGAGAGUGGGGGGGCAAAGAUGCCGCUGGCAUGUUCGGCGAGGUGUUAGGCGGCAAUAACAACCUUUCAGAUUUAGAUAAUUCCGAAGAAGUGUGAGGCUUGGCAAGUCCGGCAAAGAGUUUGUUCAAUAGCAACAUUGAUUUUCAAACGGCUUGCCCCCAGGUUCAAAUCCUAGUUGCGUCCCUGAUUCUUCACCCAAUAAUGGUUGCUGUGCACAACGAGGCCCUUUUGAGCGGGUACCUAAUCGCCCUCAAGCUCAGAGAAGCUGUAGAAUCUGGAGCACCAGCUAUAGAAUUUCCAGAACAAACUCAGCAUCUGCUACAGAAACAGCAGCAGGAGGAACCAUCAGAAUUACUUCAAAAUGACAUAGAAAAAAAUCUUAGGCAAGCUAGUCAAGACAAUACAGCAAUUUCACGGGAAAAGAUGCGCAUUUGCAGAGUCCCCUACUACCUACGAGAAGGUGAUUACAAAGCUUAUGCUCCUCACAUUGUCUCCGUAGGACCUUAUCAUCAUGGAAAGAAAGGCCUACUCGGAAUGGAUCGCCACAAAUGGCGUGCCUUUCAUCAUGUUCUCAAGCGUACUGGUCAUGACAUAAAUCUUUAUCUUGGUGCUGUGAAGGAACUUGAAAAAAAAGCUCGUGCCUGUUACCAAGGGAUAUCAAUUACUAGUCUUGGCAUCAAUGAAUUUGUUGAAAUGAUGGUGCUAGAUGGUUGCUUUGUGAUUGAGGUCUUUCGAGUUGCUGCUAAAGGAUGGACGGAAUUGGGUUAUCUUCGAAAUGACCCCGUCUUUGCAAUGUGUGGAAUAAUGCAUUCCAUUAGGCGAGACAUGAUAAUCCUGGAGAAUCAGCUUCCACUCUUUAUACUUGAUCGCCUUCUGGGACUUCAGUUAGGUAUGCCAAACCAGACAGGAGGAGCAGCCAAGCUAGCACUCCAAUUCUUCUACCCAUUAAUGCCAACAUAUGAGCUAUUAACAAAGAGUUAUGGGAGCAAUUUGAAAUUAACUCUUCCAUAUACCUUUCACCCUUUGUCAGAUAGCGUUGACCUUGAUUGCCUUGCUGUUUUCCGAAGAAGUCUCUUGCAAAGAGGGUCUCAACAGGAGAUGAAGAGAUGGCUUCUGCCCUUUCUAUGCAUCGACAAGACAGGAGAAAGAGCUUGGACACCCUGGUCAGAGAAAAAGGAAAUUCCAACACAUAAUCGUGAUGCAGAUGAACGAAGGCAACAGUUAAUACAUUGUGUUACUGAACUCAGAGAGGCUGGAAUCAAGUUCAAGAAAAAGAAAACAGAUCUCUUCUGGGACAUAGAAUUCAAGAAUGGAAUUCUCUACAUUCCACAGCUCUUGAUCCAUGAUGGUACCAGGUCACUUUUGCUAAACCUUAUGGCCUUUGAGCAGUGUCAUCUUGAUCGUGACCACGACAUUACUGCAUAUGUGGUGUUCAUGGACAACUUGAUUAACUCUCAUCAGGAUGUGGGUCACCUCCAUUGCUGUGGAAUAAUUAAGCACUGGCUUGGCAGUGAUUCUGAAGUUGCUGACCUCUUCAACCGCCUAAAUCGAGGUAAGGUUUUCGAAAUCAACGACAGUUACCUUUCCCGCUUGACCGGGGAAGUGAACCGGUAUUAUGAAAAUAAGUGGAAUAAUUGGCGUGCGAGUUUAAGGCAUACCUAUUUCAGCAAUCCCUGGGCUAUUAUCUCAUUAGCUGCUGCUGUUUUCUUGUUGCUGCUUACUUUUGCACAGACCUUUUAUGGAAUAUAUGGCUAUUACAAGCCAAGAUGAAUUCAGUAAGUCCAGGCUGACAAGCUCUCUCUCUCUGGUUGAGUUUCACUUUCAAACCGCAGAGUCGCCAGACAUUUUGGGGCUAAAGUGACAACUAAAAUAAACGGGGCCUUUUUUUGUAAGGUAAAGGUUUGGCUUUCAAAUAUGUUUAAAGUUUUGGGUCUAAUCAUAAUAAGAAAGAUGUCAUGUGUUCUGUCUUGUGUAAACUGUGUAAUGUGCAUCUUGUGUAAUGUGUAUGAUUCACUUAAUUGGUUAGGUAACUUAGGCUAAGUGAGUUAUGUGCAUAGCAAAUGAUCAUGACUAAUGUCAUAUUCCUAUUGACAAUUGAAGCUCAAAACUCCAAAAAAAUUGGGAACCAAACUUUGUCAUUUAUUUAAACUAGUUGCAAACGGGGUGUUUGGUAGAGGAGUUUGAGUAAUGUUGUUUGAGUGUAUUUGAUAUACGUAUGAGUGAAAACGUGUGUAGAAAUGUGUAUAAGUGUGUUUGAAAUGUGAAAAAUAUUGCUCAAAUAUGGUUACCAAA